CUACCGCCCUCGCAUGGAUCUCGAAUUGGGAUGUCCUGGACGUGGACACCAACGAGCGCUACAACGCGGCCGUUCUAGUACGCUGGAAGCGCCUGUUUCGCUUUCUCUACGCAGCAACGGCGAUGGCAACAACGGGUCCGUCGGCGGGGCUGAUCUUCCACAACGGGCGCCGUCUGGGGGAGAGCGUCGCAUCUCAAGAUCGCGAACCCCGAGCACCGCGUCGCCUGCUGCCACUGGGCAACAUGGUGAAGAUCGAGCUCCAGGACGAGAUGGGGGACAACGAUUUGGCGCGCCAAGGGCUAAGCUGCCGAGAGGUGCGCGUCAUUCUCAACGAAAAGCGGAUCCAGAACGGCCAGGUCAAGAAUAAGUAUCCCGUUCUGGACCCAGACUUGAAGGGCAUCGCCAAGAUGAAGCGCGCGGAGCUGCUCGUUCUGGCCAAGAAGAAGGGCAUCAAGGUCAUCGACGACAUGCUGAAAGACAAGAUCAUCUGCUGGCUACAGGGGCAAGUUCCGAGAGCGAUCAAGAAUGACGAGCUGAAGGAGGAAGAAGCGCUGCAGCAGCUUUCGACUUCGAGGGGUGCUUCGAGGAGUGCCAGCUCACGCUCGGGGGCCUGCGCGGCCAGGCCGAGCGCGGUCAAAGAGCCUGCGAGCCCCGCCAGCUCCGAGAAGGACGAGGACCAGAUCAGCGAGGAGGACUUUGUGACCGCCGAAAACAUCGGAGUGGAGGAGGACCAGCCGAAGAUGAAGCCAGGUCAAACUAAGCGUUUCAAGGACAUGGUCAGCAAGGCUCUAAUGUUCCUCACGUGGCAGACGGCGUCCCUUGGAUCGUGCCUGAUUAAGCCUCUCUUCAACGAAGGGAGGGCCAUCCUUCAGGACAUGCGCGACGUUUUCAGUGUCAAGACAGAUCUACGCUAUGACUUGAUGCAGAUAUUCGCCGGCGAAGCUGUCCUAUCCGAGGAGUUCAGUCAGGCAGGCUUGAAGGUAUGCGAGCCCAUAGGCCAACGCUACAACUACAACCUGCGCGCGCCCGCUGAUCGACGCGAAGUUCUGAAUAUGCAUCAUGCUUGCGGACCUAGGCUCGUGACGCUUGAGCUUCCUUGUGCUAUCUGGACGCAGCUCACAAUGAUGAACUACAGAUGCGAAUAUCGACUUCAAGAGUUGAGGGGGAACAGGUUACGAGUCAAGCCGCUACUCGAAUUCGUUGAAGAGAUGAGCAUGCUGCAGUUGGGCAACAAGAGCGACAUCCUCGUCGAGAAGCCUUGGGAAUCAGACGCACUCGAGCAGCCGCAGUUGCUACGUGUGAUGGCCCAUCCUAGAGUUCAUGAGUUGAAAGUCGACAUGUGCCGCUUCAACUUACGACAUCCGAGAUAUGGAGGUGAGGUUCGCAAGUCGACCAAGCUCUUCGUAUCCAACGAGCCUCGCGUCAGCAACUCGACCUACAUGAUGGAGUGCGGAUUUUCCGCGACCGGAGACCUGAUGGACUUCAUGGGCGGAGAGUCCGAUGAGUGGUUUUACUACGAGAACAUCGGUGUGUACAGGGAGCUGCCGACCAAGCUUCCAGACGGCCCCGACUGGGCACGAGUGGGACGUCGCCGCAUUACGGAUCUCGACGCCGACGCGGUGCUGCAGGACUUCGAGAAGGCAGAUAUCACCCUGGAUCAUUUACGAGCCAAGCUGAAUCGCACGGCCAAGUUGAAGGUGCAGUUGUGGUGCAAGCCGGAGCCGGUGUCCAGCGAACUGGGCGCCAAAGCUAUUCAAUUCGGUCCUGGAAGCUCGGAGUGCCCGAGUAAGGAUUUAUCGGCGCUGCGUCAGCUACACCAGAACUUGGGCCAUCCUAGUAAUGAAGACCUGGCACGAUCUUUAAGGUUCUCAGGCUGCCGAGCUAAGGUGGUCAAGGCGGCUGAGUCAUUGCGGCGCGCGUCCUUUAUGGGCAAGGCCGAGAAGAUUGCGCGCCCAGCUCGACUAUCUCACACGGCGGACUUCAACGAGCAGAUCGGCUUGGACUGUUUCACGAUCAAGGACGCGAACGGCCAGUCGUGGGAUUUUCUCUCAGUGGCGGAUUUGGGUGCUACAUUUUACGUGGUUGGAAUGGUCGAGAGCCAUGGUUCAGAAAUAUUCGCGCGGGUAUUUACUCAGAUUUGGACCAGCUGGGCAGGACCUCCGACAUGCGUCGCGGUGGAUCUCGAGAGAGGAUUUUGCUCAGUCGUCCAGGAGAUGCUCGACAGUUUUCACUGCGCCGCGGUGCCAGUGGCAGGACAAGCCGCGCGGCAACAUGGGCGGACUGAAAGGCAAGGGGGCUCGUGGAAGGAGCUAGCCGAGAGGACGAUUUCGCGUGCUCAAGCAGCUGGCGAGUCAGAUAUGCGCGUGCUCUCGUCCGUUGUCACAGGUGCGAAGAACGCUUUGCGCCGACAGUGCGGCUUCAGUCCGGAUCAGUGGGUGUUUGGAAAGAGCGCCCGUUUACCUGCCGACCUGGUUGACGGAGCUCACCGCGAUGCUGCUCGCGAGGGCGCGGAGCUACAGCCGAUGGAGCGACAGCUCCAGAUGGGGGCAGCGGCUCGCAAGGCCUUCAUGUAUAUGCAGAACGACAGCACCUUGCGCAAGGAUCUUCUUGGACGUGCCCGAGUUACCCCCCAUCCCUUGGAGCAGGGAGACUUGUGCUUCUGCUAUCGGCAGCUCAAGAAGGGCUCCAUCAAGAAAGGGACCUGGCUCGGUCCGGCAGUAGUUCUAGGCAAGCAGGGCCCAAACUAUUGGAUAUCGCACGGUGAAUUCACGAAGCUCAUUGCUCCACUGCGCGCUCGACCGAUCUCGUCCGAGGAGAUCUGGUGGCUUGGUGUCGACGAGCAACGCGGGGAGGUCAUCGAGCAGUUGCAGCGCGCCAACAGGGGCACCGACGUGGCCGCCGAUAGGGAGUGCGAGGACAUUCGAGCUGAACCACCGCCGCCGCCAGAAGGAGAAGAAGCUGCCGACGUAGAGAUUGGGCCGCCCGAGGCAGACCCCGCCGCAGAAGUUGCGCAGCCACAAGGAAGCUCCACCAACGCCGCCUUCGCCGCGAUGCUGCGAGGAGCUCGAGCCCAGAGCGAGAGGCCCCAGAAGAAGUUGCGAGAUAAGGAGAUCGCUUGGAAGGACAUUCCCGACGAGCAGAAGGGCCUCUACCUCAAGGCGAUCGCGGAGCACUGGGAAGAGUGGAAGAAGUUCGGGCCGGUGGAGGUGAUGUCGCCCGAGGUCUCAGCCAAGGCGAAGGAGCAGCGCGACAAGGGUCGGUUCCUGCCGUCGAGGUUCGCGUUUCGCGACAAGAACGCUACCAUGCGCACGGAGGCGAAGCCAGUACCAGUUAAGGCCAUAGCUCGGCUGUGCGCUGGAGGACACCGCGAUCCAGAUCUACAAACCGGAGCUUUGAGAACCGACGCUCCGACCGUGACGCGUACGAGCUCGCUGCUGUUUUUCAUCGUGACGGUUCGGCACGGCUGGGAGCCUGUGUGCGCAGACAUCAUGUCCGCAUUCAUGCAGGGCGUGGAGCAACUUCGCGAGAAGGAGAUUUUCAUGGAACGACCUGCUCAAGGAUUGCCCGGAUUGAUACCUGGACAAGUGCUAGGAGUUGUAAAAGGUGUAUUUGGUUUUGCGACGGCUCCAAGGCAAUGGUGGGCCACACUGAAGAGAACCCUACUCAAAGUGGAGUUGAUCGGCGAGAACGGCUGCAAGUUCAACCUGGUGCAGAGCCUGGUGGACCCAGCCUUGCUCGUUGGACCUGGUGCAGAUGGAUCUUUGCAGGCCAUCGUAUGUGUUCGCAUCGACGACCUACUGAUAGCCGCUAGCACAAAGUCCAGCUACCAGACCAUCAAGGAGUUGUUUCCAUUGGAGGUUGGCAAGGUGUUCGCCGACAAGCUGGAGCCACUCGACCUCACCAAGGAGCGCAAGCGAGACCUGGGAUGUCCAGCCACGGAGUUGGAGAUCGCCGAGAACAGAAGCUUGGUGGAAGUUUGGGCUUGCUUGCGACUCGGACACGACCAGAUUUAUCAGCUCAGGAGUAUCGAUGUCUCAGAGAGUUCAGAUUCGCCGGUCGUGGCCGACCUCAUCGAGACCGACCGCAUCGCGUCCGAGGCUCAUCGCCUCAAGGAGACGGGCGUCACCAUUCCGAAGAUGGAGGGAGACUUGUGCAUUCUGGUGUUCCACGACGCCGCCUGGGCUAACGUCGACGAGCCAGAUGACGAGGUCUCUGGGGUUGCUUGGUGGUGUGCCCGCAGAGCACGCACGGCCUUCGCCUCGGAAGCGCCCAAGCGCCUCGAAGCCAAGAGUCAAGCAGGAUUCCUGAUAUUCGUGGCCGAGAAGAAGAUCCUCAACGAUGGCGAUCCGCUACCAUCAGACGAGUAUGCCGAA